GGGAAAGGCUCAGUCGCGGUGACCAUUGUACUUCGUUUUCAGAGUCUUCUCAACUUCAUUGAAAUCUCUCAGCUUUAUACUUUGGGUCACUCUUGUUCUCAGAGUCUUCAUCGUCAUACGGCCCUAUUUUCUUUAGUUCGGCAGUGUAAAUUUUCAAACUUUUGUGGUGAACGUCUGAGAUGGAGCACAAUACGCAAAGCACCGCCUUGUGUAUAUCCUUCUCAGUUGUUCCUUUUCGAUGUAUGA